AAGUUUCAAAAUGUUUUUGAGAAUGUACACAGGUUGUGAAAAAUUACAAGGUAGAAAUAAGAACAUAGUUCAAAUACAGUUCCAUGACAUUUGUGUUUGCUAGAGUGCAAGGACUGAAGAAAAAAAAGAACGGUAGCAAACAAAGCAGGGAUGCAGCACGAAAGUCAUCACGUCACCACCACGUGCCUGAAACGCCUGCACGAGGUGGCACGCUGCACAACGCAGGAAAGCGGCAGGAAUAUUAGUCCGUAUUAGUUUGGGUUAGUGUUGACUCGGAAAUGUAGUUAAAAAACUGUAUUUCGCUCUUCUCUCAAUUUUUGUGUUUGGUGUGGUUGUAGAAUUAUUGGUGGUGUGUAAUAACCUUUUGUCAUUAUUGUCUUUAUAAACAGAGUUGUAUCAAGAAAUUUUUGGUUACGGUUGUAUGUUCGUAAAGAAACUGGUGAAAACAUUUAUAACAUUUUAAGGGUUGUUAUGAAGCUCCAAAACGAAAAAAUGAAUAAACUUGAUAAGAACAGUAUAAGAAAGAACUUAUUGCAAGAAAAUAAAUAUAUUAUGAACUUAUGGCAACGAUUUCCUUGGCAAAACUCAUCUGAUAUAAAGGAAGCAAGUAUUGACAUUGCAAUAAAAACACAGCGAUCAGCAAAAUUACUGUUUGCACCCAAUCGGGCUCAUACUUUGGAAGAAUUGCAAAGCAAACUAGAAGGAAUCAAAGGUAAAAGUCUACAAUAUAAAUCAAAGCUUAAAAGGAAAAGAUUGAAAAAUAAAAUAGAGAAGUUAAAAGGUAAAGACAAAAGAAAAUUUAAAAAAACUUUAACCAAAGUGGACAAAGAACCUAGAGAAGUAAAAGUGGAGAUGAAACCAACUUCUUCUAAACCAGCAAAACCAGUGUUUAAUAGUGAAGGAAAAAUGGUUUUUAGUAAAUUUGACUUUGCUGAGUCUCCAUUUAUUGGAAACGAAACUCGUAAUAAAAAAGAAACAAAAGAUCCUCAUAAAUUGCUUAGAAAAAUAGAAAAGCAAAAGGAAAAACUGAAGUUGCUUGAAGAGAAGGGGGAAGUCAAAAAAGUAGAUGAAAUUAAAGAAAAGCAGGCUUGGAAAACUGCAUUUCAAAAAACAGCAGGAAUAAAAGUAAAGGAUGAUCCCCAGUUACUGCAAAACACUAUAAAGAAGAAGAUACAACAAAAGAAAAAGAGUCGCAAAGCAUGGAAAGCCCGCGAGAGUCAAGUGCAAAAACAAAUGGAAGAAAGACAGCAGAAACGUCAAUCAAAUAUUGAUGAACAUAAGAGAAAGAAAAAGUCUAAGAAGACACAGCGAUUAGUGAAGAAAGGUCGUCUAAUUCCAGGACUUACAUAACAGAAAUGUGAUGUAUUAAUUUAUUGAGCAAAUAAUUGAACUUUUUGACCUGCACGUGAAUAAUAUUCAGAUGUAGUCAUCUUAUUUUUUAAGACCAUGGAAAAGAACAUUAAUCGUGAUUACAUACUUAUUUAAAAGCGUUUGUUCUUAAAUGUCUGGAACAUAACUUGCAAUCGGGGUUUUUCUUCUUUCUUUUUUUCCAUUAUACCGAAUAUUUGUUUGCAAGACUGUCACAUUUUAUUUUUUAUUUUAAUGAAGAAAAUGUUGUAAUAAUGUAUUGGAUGUUGUGUUAUGUUCAUGUCACUAAUUUUUGUUGUUUCUAAGACAUUAAAUGUGAAUAAUGUAAAGAAACUUCCUAAUACAUUUAUCCAGAACAAAAUUUUUGAUUUUCGAAGCAUUUCCUCUAACUUGAUCCCCUUUUCAUUUUUAAAAUAAUGUCAUUAAAUGUAAUUAUUGUAUAUACUUGUGAAAUAAUUAAAAGAAGUUAUGCAAAUAUUCUGGCAAAAUAAAUCACUAAUUUGUGUUCUCUUCAAUUUCAAGGGUUAUCAUGUUGAAUGUCACUCCUUCACAACAAUUCUGGAAACUUGGGGCAGGUUUUUCUAAAGUAUUGUGUGCUGAGGAGGAUUGCAUUCUUAGCGUGUUAUACAAUUGUAUUGUAUUGAUAGGGCAUUCAAAAUCUAAAUUUUGUUUCAUAACACAUUCUGAGUGCCCAGCAGUUGAAACAAGAUACCUGAUUGUUACUGUACAAGAAUUACAAUAUGAAAUAGGUUUACUGAUCUCUACCAUUGAAGAGUGCACUCCGUGUGUAACUAAGAGUACAAAUUUUCCAUUAAUUUUUAAAGUCAGCAGGUUGUGGAGAAACCUAUUUAAC